AUGAAUUGGUUUAAUAUUGGUGGUAAUAGACAAACUUUCCGUCCAGUUAGGCGCGGAGGUAUCAAUCAGAGGAGAACAAACCUUCAUCAACACCAGAUGGAAACCCUUGGUUAUGGCGAUUUCCAUGAAGCGGUAAAACUCCCUGAGGGCGAAGACCUUAAUGAAUGGUUAGCAAAUGGUGUAGUUGAUUUCUGCAAUCAGCUCGAAAUUCUUUACAGGACAAUUACGGAGUUUUGCACACCAGAAACAUGCCCAGUAAUGAGUGCAGGGCAAGGCUUCAAAUAUCUAUGGUCUGAUAACAACCAGUACCAAAGGCCAACUGAAGUAUCUGCUCCGGAAUAUAUAAGUCUAUUACUCGAUUGGGUGAAAGAUCAAAUUUAUAACGAGGAUAUUUUCCCAACUGCUCAGGGAAAGCCUUUCCCAGAUAAUUUUCAGCAAGUAAUCAAAAAUAUCAUGAAGCGACUCUUCAGAAUUUACGCACAUUGCUAUUGGCAUCAUAUAGAUAACUUCAAAACUCUCGGAACAGACAGCCACCUCAACACUUCGUUCAAAUAUUUCAUGUGCUUUACUCUCGAGUUUAAUCUGAUACCUCCAGAUCAACUUGAGCCAUUGCACGAUCGAAUCGAAUCCAUUACGCGUUCUUAA